CUUAUACAGAGUUACACUGAGAAAGUGUACUCCCUCUUAUUCUCUCCAAUUUUUAAUACUUGUCCCGGAUUUACUAGUUUAAUGAAUUCUGUCAUAAUCCCCGGCAUAGAUUAAUGACAAGAAUAACAAAGCCGAACGCUUCACAGCAUAUCAAAAAAGUACCUCGCAGGCGGGGCCGGGUGAAAGGUAAGGUAAAUAGCAGCCGCUUCAAGAUCUUUUUGAAACGAUGAUCAAGUGGGAGAUGCAAGAUCAAAUAAUAUUUGCUGUUGAACAGGGUGUUAUGAGUGCUCCAGGCGCCGGAUCGACUGUGAUCGUCUGGAGCCGGUAUGCGGAAAAUGCUCGGCGCGGGGGAUCAAUUGUACCGGGCUGGGCAUCAGAUAUCGAUUCAAUGACGGCCUAGCAUCCCGAGGGAAGCUGGUUGGGAAGAGAGAGCCGGGGGUCUUGUUGUCGUAUGUUCGGAGUCCUCACAAUUGUAUGUCUCUGGCGGCUGGAUCGUCCGAGGAAUCCGAGGUCGAGGCCGAUUCUGGAAGGGAAAGGGAAAGAGAAAGAGAAAGAGAAAGCGAUGAGCAAGACGGUUCUCAAUCUUUGAUAACACAAAGAGCGCGACAACAACAACAACAACAACCUCAAAUCGAUCCAGAGCUUGAUAACGUCGAUCGCGCCACGCGAUAUCUGCUUCACUACUUCUCCAUCCAUGUUGCCCCCGCGACGGCCGUCAUCGACAGAGGCUUCAACGGAUACCGCGACCUCAUCCUACCGCUGGCGGAGACGGAUCCGCUAGUAUGCAAGGUAAUCUCAGUGGUAUCGACUCAGCACAUGUCUUCGCGGUUCGGACACCAAUGCACGCUCGAGACGACCUCAGACACAUACAGUGAGCUCAUCCGGGACCUUAUCAUACGAUCACACCACCGGCCUCCCUACACAGACCAAUCCAGUAUCGUUGCGCUUUUACUGCUGCAUCUGCGAGAAAUCAUUUCAGGAAGCGAUGAUUUCAAGCUGGUAUACGGAUCGCUGCGAACAUUGCUCAAUGCCGCCAAAGACGGGUUCGUGUUCGAGUAUCCAUACUCCCAACUGGGUGAAUUUCUUAAGAUCCAGAUUUUAAGGGUCAGGCUCUUCGCGGAAGCGCUUUUCGACGAGACAUACGGCGCCCAAUUUCUGCUUACCUACGGCGAGCGAUGCUUCGAGUUUCUGCGAUUCUGCCUGCGGCUUCACCCAGAACAUCAAGAGCUGGUGGCUAACCUGUACGAGCUCAUUGCGCUGGCUUGUAAAAUAUACGUGCAGCGGGCAACGUACAAUCCAAUGGUACACGAAACAGCACCUUUGAUAGAGCGCUGCAAAACGUUGAGCGAAAAAGUCGAUAGGUACGGCGACAUCACUGGUCAUCACCUCUUGGGGUGGUCCUACUUUGUCGUUGCAGCGGAGAGCUCUACAGCGGAUCAUCGAGUCUAUUGGAUGAAUAGACUAAAGGCAUUGCAUGGCAGAACCGGAGCUCCGAACAUCUUGAAGGGAAUCGAGCAAAUCCAGAAAAUAUGGAAUUUGAAAUCAGCUAUUCGGUGGACUAGUCUACUUGGCGGGCCAAGCCAGGCUCUCAUCAUGUAGCACUGAAUGUGCAUUCAAUCACAUGUCUAUCCACAUACUAUUUCUCAUGUCUCUACGCCUUUUCUUGUUCCCGAGAGACUGAGCCAAUGACGAGUUCCUUGAACCCGGCCGGGAGAGAAUUGGGGAUGAGUACCCAGAUCUGAACAGAAUCUAUCAAUGACUCUGGCCAAUGUCUGUAAUCUAAGAUCUACUUAAUGAUGCUGCCUGAAUAUAAACCAAUAAUAAGAAUUAUAUUCAAAUGGUUAUUCUGGUGAUUUACUAUAUAGAACCAACAUGACUGUGAAAAUGAGAUCUUGGUAUAGUAGAACGAGUGUCUAAGCUUGUGCUCACCAUCAAAUUCCUUUACAAGGAUUGAUACCCUCAUUUCUAAGCUACACCCCUACCUAUUUUAUCUCUAAUUAACUACUCCCACUCCAUUCUGGCCCUCUGGGUCUACUCUGG